AUGGAUAUGGAGGAGGAGAAUAGAGAAGCUGAGACGUCUAGAGUGAGGGUAUUUGUCGGAGGCUUGGGAGUAGGCGUGACAUCUGAUGAUCUCCGGAGGUUGUUUGGGUCUCUGGGUGGUGUUGACAGAGUUGACAUAAUCAGAACCAAAGGUCGAAGCUUUGCUUAUGUUGACUUCAUGCCCUCUCCCACGGACCAAAAAUGUCUUUCCAAGCUUUUCAGCAGGUAUAAUGGAUGUCUCUGGAAGGGUGGAAAGCUAAAGCUGGAGAAGGCUAAAGAACAUUAUCUUGUACGUUUGAAACAAGAGUGGGAAGAAGAUGCUAAGCUUGCUAGUGAUGAACCUAGCGCCAGUCCUGAUCCUGAUGAAAGCGUUUCCUUAAAAGAAAUGCCUAGCAAAGAGAGUCUAAAGACAAAGAAGCUACGGAUUUUCUUUCCCAAAUUGAGAAAGGUGAAAUCCAUACCAUUCACUGGAACUGGCAAGCACAAAUAUAGUUUCCCCAAAGUUGAAGUUCCUCCUCUCCCAGUGCAUUUUUGUGACUGUGAGGAACAUUCUAGUCUUUCUGACACUGUAAGACCAAAGCAAUUUCAAAAUGGGGAUGCAGAAAGUGGUGGCAUGAAUGAUGAAGAAAUUAACAUAAUGAACGUUGUGAUGAAUAAACUAUUUGAAAGGGAAAAGGCAUCAAGUCCCAUGCAUUUUGAAAAGGAACGGAACUCAAAUGUGUCCACUGAUGGUUUACAAUCUGAUGAAUCUGAAGCAGAUAGUGCAACCGAUGAUGAUGGUCUCAUCAUUAACAUGGUUACCAAGAAAAAGGAAACAGCUGUAAUAGGUAGCCUGGAAGUUGAAAGAUUACUAGGAAAUGAGGAAUCAGAAUUGAAUGACGCAAAAAUUUCAAAGGAUGAACCAAACAAGAACAGGCUUGAGGUGCAGAAAUGCAAUAAUAUUGCUCCUGACAAGAAGAGAAAGCCCCAUCAUGAUUUUGAAGGGAAAAGAAAUGGGUCUACCUCUGCUGCCUCUGAAGGCAAGAGACGAAUGCACAAACAUCCCAAUGAGAUGAGUUCACUGGUGCGCAGCCCUGAAAUAGCUGGUUUUGGUGAACCAACUAAAGUUUCGUGGUCUCAGAAAUCUUCAUGGAGAGAACUUCUUGGUGAUGGAAAGAGCAGUUCUUUCAAUGCCUCCCAUAUGCUGCUAGACUCUAAUUCUAGUGGAAAGCAAGGAUCUCAUGGUGACUGUGAACCUCAAUCAGCAGAGAAUAAAACUGAGCACAUUGUAACGGUGGGAGGCCAGGAGACUGAACCUGCCAAGCCAGAAGUAAUGGAAGAACAUGCUGAAGCACGGCCUACCAUACAAAAUGCCACAUCGAAACAGUCAGGAAGAGGUGUUGCAUGGAAGCAAAAGCAAUCUUGGACGCAACUGGUUGGUCAGAAUAACAAUCCAUUCAGCAUAUCUCAGAUUUUGCCUGGAAUCUCUUCUCAGAAGCCAGUGGCGAAAGAGCCUGCUGAUGACCUCGCUGGUUCCGGUGACAGCACAUAUAUUGAUUUAGCUAUGGAAUCUAACAGUGAAUCUGCUGGGGACGGCUUGAACUUGGUGAAGACUAGCCCGGAAAAGAAGCAUAAUGUUUUGGCUGAGCAUGCUGCCAUUGUAUCCGUUGGGGAUGAGUUGAACAUGACCAGGAGUACCCCGAAAAAGAGUCAACAUGUUGCUGGCAAUGAUAUCUCUCCUGCUCCUAUAACUGAGGAAAAAUGUAACACACACACAAAUGAAACAUCCACUACAGAGGUUAAAAUAGGUGAGACAUGCUCAUUUAUGAGGAGUGCUGCUUCGUUGAAAGAGUGGGCAAAAACCAAGGCUGCUCUGAGUGGAUCACUCAAAAAGAAACGUGGGCAGAAGAAGGAGCAUUAAGUCCUUUACUGCUGAAAUCAUAACUGCGGUUGGGUUGUGAUGAACUGCAAAACUUGGGUAACAUUCCAAAUAUUCACUGUUAGGUUCUCCGAUGAAAGUAGUACAUGUGGAUUUUAUUUUAUUUAAAAUCAGUUACACUAUUGACUCGCCAUUUUUUUUUUCAUGUGUCAUUUUUUAACUGAAGAAUGCUGCGACAAAUAUAUAAAAACCAGAGUUUCCCCUCACGUUUUGCAUGGGUUGACUCUUGGAUAUUGUUGUUUGUAUCAUAUUAUUCUAUUAAAGAGACAUUCUGAUUAAUAACAUAUCUAAAGACUUGGUUGUUGAUAGAG